AUGGCUUACCUACAAAAGUUACUCCUCUUCUUUUACCUAGCCUCUUUUUGGUUCUCGUCGGGAGAGUGUGCACCUUUUAGACGGACUGGUCCUAAGUUUGUCUAUCGUGGUGCUGGUAGGUCUCCUCAAGAGAUUAAGGCAGCUGGCGGCUUCCUGCCAAAAGGCCUCACUACUGUCGGAGUGGUGGCCCCUGACAUCAGUCUUUUCAGCCAUGUCGACGUCCCCCAGGAGGUAGAUGAAAACGGAAACAGUAUAGGGCUCGGUUCAACUGCGGACAAUGACGGUUACGUUUCAUUGACCAAGUCAUUUUUUCUGGCGCUUGGGCACGCGUUCUAUUCGCGGGACCAAAAAACGACAUACGUCUACAAAAUCAAAUCGACUCCCAACAUGAUUGACGUCGCAAAGACACUACGCGAAUACAACCUUUACGAAGAGGAAGAUGAGUUUUCAGCCUUAGGAGGUGUCAAGUGGGACCAGAUCGUCGCCUGGUAUAAGGUCGAUGGACACAGCCUUAGGACCUAUAGUUGGCUAUGGCAGAUCAAGAAUCCGGAUUACAAUGCAAGAAAAUACAGCGGAUUCCGGCCUGGCGGCGCACAGUAUGGCCUUGCUGGCUUUCCUGCAGACCAUGAAGCAUGGAAUAAGGAACCGUGGUCAAAAUUCAAGCCCUGCUCGGGAGAAACGAGUACA